GGAAAAAAAGGACAUUGUGUUUGUGCCACCUAAAAAAGGAUACUGUUGAGGGAAAACACGACGUUACAGCAUACAUCUUUUCGACGCUCUUUGCUUUGUUUGCAGUUUGUUUUAGCUCUUCUGACGUCUACAAAAUGGAGCAACGAAUAGAAAUUGCGAUUGCAUUGAGUACAAUAUUCAUGUUGCUUGUUAACACGCUGGCAGAUAACGGGACCACCAUCAUCCCCCCAACCGUACAAAGCUCGCCUGAUAUUAGCCAAACCACGGCUGGACAGACACAUACGACGCAACUGCAACAAUAUCAGCAGUAUGCAAAUAUACUACAGCAGCUAAACAGCCUUCCAACCGAGCAGACGGGCUCGUACACUAUUGGUCAGUCCAGCGGGACGAGCGGAGGACUCUUUAUAACCUCCGCCAUUGAUACGACGUCAACAUUGCAAUCGUCAGCUACGCCACAGUAUAUGUCGAACGCGUCCUUGCCUUCUGGGAUGCCAACUCAACCGUCAGUGCGACAGGAUCUUAUCGAUAUUUUACCGGUGAACGUAACGCUGAUCGAGGAGAAACAACUCGGCCCGGGAGGACCCAACCAGGCGGAAAGCUCUGGCAUUCAGCGAGCAUUAUGUUGGCUUAGAGAGAAAAGGUUACCCGACUACAGCUGGGGCAACGAUACGCACAUGGUGAUCCUGGCGAAAGAACUAUCAGGAGCUCGCGAUCCGUCUGACAAUGAUAACCCAAUUCAAGCGGUGUCGGAUUUGGAGAACUUACUGUCGAUCAAGCAGAUGGAUAUUGAGGUGUUGACGAUGCUCGAUCGACACCACGCUACGGCUAAGUUACCGCACACGGACCACAUCGCUAAGUAUAUCCUGGCCAUGGGAGGUUUGUGCAAGGAUGCACGUCACUUUUACGGGCAUGAUUUGGUUGCCGCGCUGGAGCAUCAUGAGCACGAUCAGGGGCAGGAGUACGAGUUCGCGCUGACGGCUCUUGCUAUUUGCAGUUCAGCAACGCAUGUCCGCAAACGACAGAUACGUCGUUUGUUGGACAUAGCCAGCGGAGAAGUUAAUGACGUCGACACGAUCGCGAUGGUAUUGUUGGCAUUGCGAUGCAUCGUAACCGACCAUCGGCAUCGCCAUCUGCAGCACUUUGUCCGUCGUCCGGCUCGCGGUUUGGCCAGCUUACAGGGGCCACAGGGUAGUUUCGGCUCACUUCGCAGCACGGCACUGGCAAUGCAAGCGCUGCAGGACUUGGAACCCGACCCGGCCGGAAAGUGGAACCGUACUGCUGCAUCUGAAUGGCUUCUCGUUAAGCAGCGCACUGAAGGAGGCUGGACCGAGGAACCCCUACAAGACGGACAGGAUCCUACCAUCGGUAUCGGGCUAACGGCAGAUAUCGUACUAGCACUGGGAUGGCGAGGUUUGGGAGCGGUACGAGCGUUACAAUGCGAUCAUGUCAUGCGAGAAUCGAAUGAACCAUCGGAAAAUGGGGAACCUAAGCUGGCUGCUCCUGUUGGCCUUGGUAUAUCGCCCGUCGAAGAACUGGAGCCCAGGAACGUGUCGUACACCUACACCUUAUGGGUGGGUACAAAUGAAACGGAGGAGUACUUCCUCGACCUAACGUCGCCGAAAAAUACAACAUUCUUUCGUGCUAUGAAACAAGCCGCCGAAAUAGAUCACAGAUUUUCGUUCGAAGCUCGCGAGUGGCCAAAUGGGCAUUACGUCCAUACGUUGGCUGGUAUGAAGGAGGAACCCAAAAGCUACCACUUUUGGCUGCUUUAUCGCCUACCGGAGAGGCCUGAUACAAAAAAUCCUCCUGGAAAUCAGCUGAUAGCACCAUUAGGUGUGGAUGAGCUGCUAGUUGAAGACGGCGAGCACUAUCUCUACUGGUACAAAAAGUUGUAAGCUCCGUGUCCUUCCAGUAACACAAAACCAACUAAGCAGCUAGUAAGCAAUAACCGUUACCCAGUCAUAGACAGCGCUGCUCGUAUGGGGCAGCAGCAAUAGCAGCAAUAACGCAA